CGCACUUGAGACUUACUGCAACGAGUCUUGUUAAAGAGGAAAAAAAAAUAGAGAAAUAGAGAAUGAGAAGGAUUGUUAGUUAACGCGAGAGAAGGGAGGGGGUGAGGAAGAAACAGGAGAGAGAGAGAGAGAGAGCGAGAGAGAGAGAGCAUGGAUUUGGGCAGGGCUGUGGUUACCCAACAUAAGCUUGCCUUUUCCUUCGGUGACUACACCCCAAGAGGAGGAGCGUAGCGUGCAGCGUAGUAGGCGUCAGGAUCCUCAAUUUCCAACUUAGCAUCUUGGCAGGACAUUUUCCCAAGCAAAGCCCCCGUCCGACGGGUAAAAAAAAAAAACUUCUGCACGGGCAUGAGAGCGACGGUGCAACUCAGAUAAGGGAGCCACCGAAAAACCAAACGAGACAAAACAUCUGACGGGCAGUGGCUGGCUGGCCGCGACCAAAACAAUCGAUCCAAAACCCAAGCCGAUUUUUAUUUAGUCACUUUUACUUUUUGCCUUCACCACUGUCAUUUAGAAGGGGGGACAGGCAGCGGGUCUGCAGACACACGGCUCUAUGCGCUCCGACAGCAGCGCAUGAGAAAAUAAAAGGGGGAAAGUGCGCAAGUUAAGUGGCUUACACUCUCCGGGCUCCAGCAUGGCGUAUCCUCAGGGCUACUUGUACCAGCCGUCCGCCUCUUUAGCCCUGUAUUCAUGCCCUGCGUACAGCACGAGCGUUAUAUCCGGACCCCGAACCGAGGAACUUGGGAGAUCCUCUUCGGGAUCUGCUUUUGCGCCCUAUGCCGGAUCUACUGCGUUCACCAGCGCCUCGCCGGGCUACAACUCCCACUUACCGUACAGUGCAGACGCGGCGGCCGCUGCCACAUUCACCUCGUACGUGGUGAGUAAACUAAAGAGUUCUCCCUACGACCACACCACGGGUAUGGCCGGCUCGAUAGGAUACCACCCUUACGCAGCACCCUUGGGCACCUACCCUUACGGCGACCCAGCGUACCGUAAAAACGCAACGCGGGACGCCACUGCUACCCUGAAGGCCUGGCUCAACGAGCACCGCAAGAACCCCUACCCCACCAAGGGGGAGAAGAUCAUGCUGGCCAUCAUCACCAAGAUGACCCUCACCCAGGUGUCCACCUGGUUCGCCAACGCCAGGAGGAGGCUAAAGAAGGAGAACAAGAUGACCUGGACCCCCCGGAACCGGAGCGAGGACGAGGAAGAGGACGAGAAUAUUGAUUUGGAGAAAAAUGACGACGACGAGCCAAGCAAGCCCACAGACAAGGGAGACUCCACAGACACAGAAGCAGAUCAUAAACUGCUGAACCCAGGGGACAUAGGCUGUGACAGAUUUAAAGAGGAGAGCCAUGGCAAAGACCCGGAUCCCCUUCUGAGCGACUCGGAGUUAAAAGACCAGGAGGAGCGGACUACAGACUUGCUGCCGGAUUCCGCAAAACCAACCACUUCGUCUCCCUCGGCUGUUCCCCGGGGGAACCAGACCGUUGCGCAACAAGACAAGCCGUCAGAUUUGAGCCACGCACCGGGUACGGUGACCAGCAACGUGACCUCUGUUAUCCACUCGCCCCCUUCGGCCCCUAAACCCAAACUCUGGUCACUUGCGGAGAUCGCCACGUCCUCAGACAAGUGUAAGGGCAGCGGCGAGGCGCCACAGGCUUGUCCCGGGUUGGGUCAGAGCGCGGUAAUGGGCCCCGGCGCGUCUCCAUCUCGGUCCUCCCCUCAGUGCCCGCUCCCCAACAGCACGGUCCUAUCCAGGCCUCUGUACUACACCUCCCCUUUCUACCCGGGCUACACGAACUAUGGUGGCAGCUUUGGACACCUUCACAGUAACCACGGCUCGGUAACCACGGGCUCCACGGCACAUUUCAAUGGAUUAAACCAGACUGUGUUAAAUAGAGCAGAGGCUUUGGUAAGGGAGAGCCAGAAAGUCAGAGGCCAAACGCAGGUAGAUCUUUGUAAAGACUCCCCUUAUGAACUAAAGAAAGGUAUGUCAAACAUUUAAUACCUGAUUAUUUUCCACUCACCGAGGACUUUUAUUUAUUUUUUGUGGUUGCAUAAAAAAAAGAAAAAGAAUGAUCAAGCAAAUCCUAAGAACAGUUAUUUUCUCAGUAAAUGCUUAUCUUCAAAUUUUUAGUUUCUGAAUGGUUAAUCCUGAAAUGUAACAAGAAUGGUCUUAAUCGCUGCAGCCGCCUGAGUCUAUUUGUAUUAAAGACUAACAUGUAUAUUUAAUGUAGCAUUUUUGUAUUUAAAAUGGA